GAUGUUGCUGCGUAUGCUGGUUGUACUUACAUAUAUGCUGUACUGCUGCGUAGGGAUGCGGGGCCAGCCGGCAAAACAGACAACCCGUGUCCAACCACAACAAUAAAGCCACAUAGAUGCGCCGGAACCCAAUCAGUAAUAUGUUCCUUAAUCUAAUAGUUUUGCGCAAUUUUCCCCUCAUCUGCUAUGUUGUUUAUCACCGGCGUCCAUAAUGUGAGUGGGAGACCUUUAAUGGUGUUUCCCUCCCGCUGCGAUACAGGAUUGCGCUGAUAUCCGUUGCAGUGAGAUGCGCUUGUGACAGCGACUCCCAUACGCCUUACAAUAUACAUUUGCAUUAUCGCUCUGUGUUAUGCAAUUGCCGACAUUUAUACUAAACAUAAGUGCAUAAUUUCAUUGCACUACUUUCUUAUCACCAUUUAUACUUUCUUAUAUUAUUUACUCAUAUUGCUGGUUGCUUUUACAAUCUUAAUGAGCGUUACUGAGAUUACGGCCUCAACGCUUAUGGCUUAAAUUUGCGUAAAAAACCAUGACAGGUCAUUGGAACGUAUGGACCAAUUCCGUGGGGACAGCGGUAUGGAUACAUUUCCUGACGCUGAUGCUUUCUUUCACUCACUGUCUUUCAUACAGUCAUGACAUCAACGAUGGCUCAUCAACAGACUACGGCCUUGCCGCGGAACUAAAUGCAAAUGCAUCGGAUAGCUCGCAUUUGCCACCGGAAGUGUCAUGUCCAGAAUAUUGUGUGUGCAGCGCAGCGGAAAGCACAAUGAGCUGCAACGGAGAGCACAUUUUUCCAUUUCCCGUCAGAUUUCCCGCCACCACGGCUCGGGUUGCAUUAAAAAACUUUCGAAAAAAUGACCUGCAUCCCGGCGAUAUGGACGGUCUUCUCAGCAAUGCAUCGCAUCUGCAGGAACUGCGUCUGCAGCACUGCGGCCUGAAUGUGGUGCGAAACAGCGCCUUACAAUUGCUAAAAGGAUUAAAACGACUGGAUCUCAGUGAGAACAGAUUGAGUCAGAUCUCUAAUUUGACAUUUAUUGGAUUGUCUUCUCUGCUGUACUUGGAUUUAUCAAGUAAUCGUAUCGCCGCAAUUGAUCCCGCAUCCUUUGCUUAUCUACGAGAUUUGAUUCGGCUCGACCUCAACGCUAAUAAACUAACCAAACUCCCCAACGACCUCUUGACUGGCUUAGUAUCACUGCACUAUCUCAAUCUUGAGGUCAACCACAUUGGCGACAUCCACACGGCCGUCUUCAGUCCCACCACCCAACUGGUUCAUCUAAAUCUGGCCAUGAAUCCCAUCCAGUCGGUGGAGAAAGUCACAUUGGAAUUGCCGCAUCUGCAAUACGCCGACUUCAGUCAUAACCGUCUGAGCACCGUGCCGCAGAAUCUCCCGGUGACCAUCCGCGAUAUCCGGCUCAGUGGCAACAAACUGUCCGUGCUCAAUCGCCAGAUGCUGGGGCGCUACAGGGAUUUAGCCAUUCUCGUGGCCGAUGACUGCAAUAUCACCAGCAUCGCCAACGACACCUUCGCCGACAUUCAUGCACUACAGCGAAUCUGGUUGAAUGGCAAUCAGCUGCGCGAAGUCCCCACGGAAUUGCCGGUUUCUUUAAGGGCAUUGUAUUUAGAUGAAAACAGCAUUAGAUUACUUUCACGCAAACAUUGGCGCAUGUUGCCCGAUGUGGAGGAGAUUCAUUUGCGGCGUAAUCAAAUCACAUCUAUUGAAUAUUGUGCCUUUUGCGAUGUGCCGCGGCUUCAUUUACUCGAUUUACGAGCCAACCGCUUAGAAAUGCUCAACGACACACUAUUCCCCCUGGUCAACUCACUUUCCACUCUUGAUCUGUCCGCUAAUCCCCUGGGGAUGUUGGGGAAAAACUUUCUGGACGGCCUGACAGGACUGAAGCAGUUGGAAGUGAAUCGCGUGGACAGCACCGCUUUUGCAGUUGAGAUUCCCACGGUGCACGCCCUGUCCCGCUUGGUGACGCUGGAUGUGUCCGGUAGUCCGGCGAUUGCCGCCAAAUUACUGCAUUUAGCCGCGAUUACCAAUGACUCCAGUUUUUUACCCAAACUACACACAAUUAACCUGCGAAACACGAAUUUGGCCUUAUUAGGUGAGGAGCUCUUUCCGUUUUUCGCUCGUUUAUCGCGGAUAAAGUUAGUUCAAAACUGGAUAUCGUGUUCGCUUUGGAAUAAAUGGCUGAUCCAGAUGAUCCAGACAGAUACCGAUAGAUUUUUCAAAGCACAGGAUCUCAAAUGUGCCAGUCCGAAGGUACUGAAAGACCGAAAAAUUCUGACUAUAAAUUCGGAUACUUUACGGCAUUACUCCUUUAUGGAAGCUGCUGAUUUUCCAAAAGCAGCGAAGAUAUUUCCUUUACAAAAAACAACCACUCUGUCUUUUACCAUUCCACCGUCCUUGCCUUCUGCGGAUUAUUCCUCGGGCCUUUUUCCCGCUGAAAUUUGGAUCAUCAUUGUCGUGUGCUCUGUGAUGACCGCGUUGGUAAUGUCGGUUGUAUUCUGUCUGAUGAUGAAAUGGUGUCCGAUAGGUAAACUGCGCUGGAAGCAGCGUUUCAUUCGGAGCAAAAUAGCGCGAAUAUUGGGUGGCAGACAAGAGCUGGAGCCGGUACCGCACAGGGAGGAUAUUCGAGCUUGGUACGAUACAUGCAGUGAAUCCGUUUAUACUAUCACUUCGGAAGCGCCGGUCUUGAGAGCAACAACACCGUCCGAAGUCUUCAACAUUGAUCAUGAAUUUCCCAAGUACACUUUUCAACAGGGAAUUGAUAAUGAUGGCCUUUCUACUUCUUCCACAAUAAGGACAUAUGCAGAAUACCGGGUAUAAAAUCUUGGUUUUUGUAAUCUUAUCCAAAAUUUUUUAUGUACAUAAUACAAACACGUGUGCCACAUUCUGUUUCCACCGUGACUAGAUGACCGGUGCUAUUUUUCAUUAUCAGUAGAACAUCAAGUUUCUGGAAUGCCUAAAAAAUGAAAGCUAAAUCAUAAUACCUACAAGUUUGUGGACGCUAUGCCUAGCCGUCUACAAUACAAAAGCGACAACACGGUAUGGAAUUCUCGGCCAAAAGUCCCGACUGUUUCAUUGAAUGUUUCAUUUCUCAGGAAGAA